AUGCUCUCCGAUAUUGCAGCCUCCUUCCGCGCGCCUCUGCGUUCGCUGCACUCGACGUCUGUCUCGUCCGAGGCUGCCGCCUCGUCCUCGAAGGCGCCGUUCGGCUCGCUCCCCCCUCCCCUCCCUGCUUCGGGCUCCAAGCCCCCUCUCCCCACCUCGACAGCCGAGGCCGUCAAGCUGCUCAAGGCGCAGACCACGCCCAACAGCGGUAUCUACUGCACCGCGCGCUUGCAUUCGCGGACCUACCUCCUCCACCCGAAGGACAUUCUGACGGUGCCGACGCUGAAGCCGCGCCUGGAGCCCGGGACAAUCCUGAACAUCACGCGCAUGCUCGAGGUCGGGUCGCGCGACUUUGCGAUCCGCUCCCCCGCCGCAGACGGCAGGCAGCUGCGCAAGGCCCUUCCCCACGGCGUCGUUGGCGACUUUGAGACGAUCCCCCCCGAAGUGGCUACUUGCACGCUCACCGUGCUUGAGAACACCAAGAGCCCCCUCACCCGCACCACGCUCAGCAAGAGGAGGAAGGGAUACAAGAAGACCAUCGAGAACAAGCAGGGCUGGACGCGUCUCCGCGUCGGAGACAUCGUCCUUGGAGGUCAGUAG